AUGAUUCACAUCACAGCCUCACAUGCCCAACUCCUCCGUCACCGAGGUUCUUCCGCUUUGGCUUUCAGGUGGGAGCUCGAAGCGGGUCGAGACUUGGAGGCUUCCUUGGCGACUGGCGAUAGUUACGUGGUCGUCAUGCGGCAGACAGAGUUCCAUCAGCAUUGCUGCGAGAUGCACAUGAAUAGUGCUGAUCCCUACCAUUUCCAGACGCUUCACGCGCCGCUACCCAUCCCAGGAUUCGGCUGGAUGAUCAAGGGCAUGCACUCGAUCAAGACCACCUACGGGGAAGGCGAGAUUGACGGCAAGGUCGAGAAGCGCAGGCACCUGACCAUCUUCAGGGAGAAGACGUCAGGAAUGUACUUCUUUGGCAAGAAGCGCUGGCCGCUUCCUUUCUCGGAGUCGAUCGCCGCCCUGAUUGACACCAUUGUGACCUUCGAGGGGCCCAACAUGAUGCACUUCCGUCUGGUGACGCCUCUGGGGACGAUCCGUCAGGUGAAGACCAUCUUGCCGAUUGAGCCCUUCAAGCAGCAGGUCGAGAUGUACUGGUAUGCCGACAGGUCGGUGCCCAGGAUCAUCGCCUACCUGCUGAGUUUGAUAGGCAAAUUUGCGGUGGAGCAGGAUCGGCAGGUGUGGGAGAACAAGAUAUAUUGGAAGAACCCGGUGAUGGUCGAAGGAGACGGCCCGUUUAUGGACUUCUUUGAGUGGUACAACCAGUUCUACUCUGAGAGCUCUGCCAAGAUUGGCCAACACCAGCUUGAAUGGUGA